GAAGAUUAAACCCCACAAGUAUAAAAAGCCCAAGAACGCUGUUACUCUUGAUCUUUCCGAAAAGACAGACACCCCAAGAUGAAGUUCGCCUAUUUUGUUGUCGCAGCCUUGGCCUUCCAAGUUGCCUCCGCGAGGCCCAGAUCCCAAGACGUUGACUUCGGUCAAUUCAUCGGGGACAACCUUCUUGAUUCCGUCCUCCAGAAAGGAGAACUCGACAAAUUUACCGGAAACAUGGACACCAUGCGCAAGGAAGUCUCCGAGACCGUUAAAAACUCGUUGCCCAGUAUGGAAAACGUAAACAAGGCACUCGUGGACGCCUCCAAAAGCGUUGCCGAUACCAUCGAGCAGGGAACCAACAGCUUCAAUGAAUACUUUGACAAAAACAAACCGCUCAUCGAGAAAUUGGUCAAGGGAACAUCCGCCAAAGUCGCGUCUCAAGUUGCCUACGUCAAGGGAGUAGUCGUAGAUGCCGCCCAUAAAGGGGAGGCGGUGCGCGCCGCCAUUAAGGCCAACUGCAACGCAUUGAUGCAGGAAGUCGAAAUGUUCGGGAAGUCAAUGGAACCUCAUUUCGCCGAGGCCAGGGACCACGCGUCGAAGUUGGCCGGCACCUUCUUCGGAGUGUUGAGGACCGCCGCUGAACGUUUCAGAAACGACAUUACCAAGGUUCUCAAAGCACCGCCACAAACCCGUUAAGGGUAAUCGAAGUUUCGCUGAUAAUUGUAACUAAUCGCAAUCCUAACCUUUUGGCACCUACUAACAAGCAGAUUAACAAGUGCAAAGUGCGAGAUUAUUCAGUGUAAAUAAUUAAGUUUGUUCAAAACACAUCUUGGACUAAUUAAAGAUAUUGUCACCA